CUAAUCCAUCUGUUGAAGGGUAUAAAUACUGGUCCAGGUUCAUAGAUUAGUCAGAAGUCAAAUUCGUCUAGAAGACUUAGCAUCAUGUUACGGUACGUGGUUCAGAUGUCAGUCUUUCUACUAGUCGGCCUAGCAACAGCACAACAACCGGAUGCAUUUCAAGAUUAUGUGGAUGGCGAAGUCAGGGAAGUUGAGAUUUCAGAAAAUCUUGCCAUGAAGUCGUGCCUGGCUUCAGACUCAACAGUUAGCUCCUUGUUUGAUUCUGCCUACAACAAAUGCUUUGGGGAUGGCUAUGACUGGGAACAGCUUGCAAAAGAGAACGAAGACGAAGGAGAGUAUGGAGUCUCAGAUAGUUUCCAAGAGAGAGAAGUUUGCUUUUAUAAAGCAAUAGGAUGGACUGAUGGCACGAGCCUAAAUGUUGAUGUUAUCAAGGGAAACAUGGAGGGAAUGGACGCAACAAUCAAAUCCGAUUUUGAAGGCAAAGUCAAUCAAUGCCAGCGAUGGACUCCUUCAAACUCUAGAGUAAGGCGAGAUGCUAAUGUUCAAGAGUCCAGCCUAAUCAAAAGAAUAAGAAGACAAGCUAAUGAUGGCUUAGUAUGUAUAAAAUGGAAUCCGAAAGGGGACUGUAAGAAAUGGUGUGAUCCAAGCAAGAAAAAUUGCAAGGUAAGACAAGCAGGGGCCAACAAAACACCAACCAAAAACGAAUGUAAGGAAAAACCAGAAUUAAAAGGAUGUAACAGACAACUUCAGAAAGAGACAAUCGUCUGUUCUGCUAAAAAGGAAGAGGGAGAAAAUAAGAAAUGUAAACCUUGCAGACAAAAUUCAGAUAAAAAAAAAUGUGACAAUGUAGUCAUCAAAAGUGGUAAACAAUUUCAAAGACAGGGAAAGGUCAAUGGAAAAACCUGUCGUAAGAAAAAUGUGUCAACUCCAGAAUGCGUUAAAUUUUGCAAGGAAAACCCCGAAAAAUGUAAAACUGGAAGACAACUUGGUAAUCCUUGCACCGAUCCUCAAAGUGGUAAAUGCAAAAAGUUUUGCAAGAAGAAUCCAGAAGAUCCUAGAUGUCCUCCUAAAAGUAAACAGGCAAAUGUUAAUAAGAAUCCAUGCAAAAGACCUAACAGUCCAAAAUGUAAGAAGUUUUGCGAGGAAAAUCCCGAUAAUCCGGAUUGUCCCAGUCCCACACCAGAGCGAAGUGCUAAGACCAAUGGAGUGUCUGGUGGAAUCAGCAACAAUCUCUACGAACAGCUUUGGUGUUCAGAUCUAGCUUUCGAACAAGCUCUUCAACAAUGUGUGGAGAACAAAAUAAACCCCUGAACAUCCUUUAUUAUAAAAUAAUUCUAUGAUCAUUUUCAAAAUUUCAAUAAAUCUUUAAAUUCGAA